AUGAUGAUGAGUGUGGCAUAUUCCGAUACAAAGCAAUGGACAUGUAAGAUAUGUACAUUCUCAAAUUACAUAUCAGCAUACCCAGAGUGUCAUGUGUGUCAACGAAUCGAUCCGCUGCUGAUUGAAACCAGUUACUUAGAAAUACCAGUGAGAGACUCGAAAACAGUGACGUCUCUGGCGGUAGGCAAUCGUCAAAAUCAAGAUGAAAUCGAUGCAAGAAAAAGUUUCAAUGAAAUUAUCUCAUAUUGUCGACAAGUGAAAACCAACUUCGUUGAUGAUCAGUUUCUUCCAUCAUCUCGUUCGAUUGGCUAUAAGACUGAAAAUGAUCUCCAAUGGUUACGAGUUUCUCAAACACGCCCAUUAUCAUUGCGAGAAGACAAGUAUUUGACUUGGACCGUUUAUUCAUCACCUUCGCCUGCUGAUAUUCAGCAAGGAAUAUUGGGAAACUGUUGGUUAAUGGCAGCGUUGAGUUUGAUUGCGGAACAGCCGCAUAUUGUCGAACAAAUUGUCUUAACUAAGAUGAUCAACGAAGAGGGAGCUUAUCUUGUACGCAUCUGUUAUAAUGGUGUUUGGAAAAUAAUACUCGUCGAUGAUUAUUUUCCGUGUACAGUUCAUAAUCAAUUAGCAUAUUCUCAAGCAAGUCGUCACCAGAUAUAUAUUCCAUUAAUUGAGAAGGCAUGUGCGAAACUAUUUGGUUCCUAUGCAGAAUUAUGCAGUGGAUUUCUCGAAGAAGGUCUGCAGCUAUUAACAGGUGCGCCAUGCGAUUGUAUCAAUAUUAAUCGAGAUAGUGAUGAAUUCCAAAGUCAUACUAUUUGGGCAAAACUUCUAUCAGCUUGUGAACUUCGAUUAUUAAUUGGUGCAUCAACGGGUUGUACCAAUGUGACCGAAGAGGAAUACCGUGAGGUAAAUAUAAACCCUAACCACGCGUUUUCUAUUCUUGCUGUCUGUGCUCUUUCAAAUAUCUCUAUGCAAUUUGUACUCGUGCGUGAUCCACAUGCAGCUACAAAUUAUUGUGAAAUACUGAUAACACCGCUAAUUCUCGCUCAAUUAAAUUCUUCUAUUCAAUUUUCUCCACCGUCAGGUGCCUUUUGGAUUUCGUGGCCACUCUUUCUUCAAUACUUUGCUUCAAUUACGAUAUCAUCUUAUCGAAGUGACUAUUAUGAUGUACGACAUGUUGCUCAAUUUACUCGCUCAUCAAAAGAAUCCAUUCCAACAUUUCAGUUCUAUGUACCAAAAAAAUCAUUGAUUACUAUUAGUCUCCUUUAUCAUCGUCAAAGUCGUUGGUUACCUUGCUCCCACACACAAUGCUUUGUCUUAUGCGAUAUAAACGAUCGACAAAUGAGAACUCUUGGCACCCAUUUAUCAAUCCUACAAACAGAUCGUCGUUCGUUUACACAAUGGACCGGUUCAUUAGAGUCAGGCUAUUACAUACUUAUACCAUUCUCCACUACCUUUUGGAAUGAAGAAAAUUGUGAACUUCAACGAGAUUAUACAGUUGUUGUACAUUCGAAUGUUCAAUUCGAUUUGCAACUAGUUAUUGAACCAGCAACAGUUCUCACCGAUUGCUUUAUUAGCGCUAUAUCAAAGCGAGGCAGUUCAAUAACUCAGGAUCAAUGCUUUAAUUAUUAUGUCAUACGCGGUCCAUCGGAUUUUUUUCUUUUUAUCGCAGAAAACUUGUCUACAAUCGAUUAUUUAAACAUUGAAUUGGACUUGAGCGAUUCAGCUUGUAUACAAAGUUCUCGUCAAGCAUUUAUCACUCACGACUGCAUUCCACCGCAUCACCGACAAGUUAUAUUUUUUAUGGAAUGGACUGAUACGCACAACAGAACUCCCCGUUUUCAGUAUACUUUUGAUUAUUCCUACACUAGACUAGCAAGUCAAUCCAUACCAGUCAUCGAUAUUUAUCAGCAUGAUUUUCAUUCAUAUCGUUCGAUUUAG